AUGGCGGAUGUCACCCCCCGACGGCCCCCGUCUACCGAAAUGCAGGACUUCGUCCACCGCUCCAGUGUCCGGUCGGGUCUCAAGCGAGAGUUCGCCUUCGCCCUCAAAGCCCAGACGGAGAUGCUGAUAACCCCGAGGAGUCGGACCCGGUCUGGCAGAAUCCUUCAUUCGUCUACCCCAUCUCAAGAGCCGACCAGCAAGAGGCCUAGGAAAUUGGAGCCAUCCAGGAGCUGGGACGGGCGCAAGGAAGUUCCUUGUCUUGUGCCUCUUAUCGCUGGGGACCUGCGCAGGGCGGAACCUGUUGUGGAAUCUGCGAUCGCGGUAAAUUUAGCGAAUGAACAAGGCCCCGUUGGUGGUUCAAAUGCGGUCCCUUCGCCAAUUCAGAUAAAUGGAGAAUCCGCGACAGAGAUUCCUUUGUCAAUUACUGAUUCAGAGCCUCCGAACCUGACGCCUUCCCUAAUUCAAGUGGAGAUCAGAACGAUGGAGGAGAUGGCCUCUUCUUCUCCUGUUGAGCUGCGGCCUUUGGUGGAGUCUCCUGCCGCAAUGAGCAACCAAGUUUCUCGGAACUUCAAUGGCAAAAGUGUAACGUAUGUCAGAAGGUUCACUCGCUCCUUACUGAACAGUGAAGUAAACGAGAACUCUGGGCCAGGAAUGUCGGUCAGGAUCUCCACUCUUUCCUCAUUGAAGUCUACAGAGGAAGAAUCAUCGAUUCCCACAGUUGAAGAAUCGCCAAUCCUUUUGGGGCAAAUUUCUUCUGCAGCCAAUGGAGGGCCAGAUGGAUUUGAAGCAACUGAAGAUGCGGCUGAAACUGCAAAUGGGUCCGAUGAGCCAUUGGAAGCCACGCCAAAGAAGAAGAUGGUGUUGAAAAUGUCGAAGAUUUCUUCGACAAAGAAUCCGUCAAAUGUUAAAAAGCUUCUGGGGACGGGCUUGCUAGAGGGUUUGAACGUCAAAUACGUUACUCGUAGCUAUCACAAGGUAUGGUUUUUACAUUUUCGGGAUGGGAAACCCAGAUCCAAUUACAUGUUUUUUUCUUAUUUAAACUGUAUUUUUUUCCUUUUUCCCUUCCCAUUAGUAUUCCACAUGUGGUGCACUGCACUGAUUGGCUAAUCUUAUGUCAUGUUACACAUGGCAUUUUUAUUUCCUUUUUUGAUAUUUCUUUUUAUGCAUAACGUUGUAGCAACUAAUAAGUUACGACAAUGUUCAGGUUGGGUGCUUGGUUUUGCAUGCUUUUUCCUUCGAAAAUACGUCAGUUUUCCUUUUUUACGUAUUUGUUUGAACAUUUCUGCGUUACUAGUGCAAAUAAGUUUCUCCAGAUUGCUUACUGAGGCAUCGUUUUUCUUUGAUAAUGCAGGAGUUUACCCUACCCUGAUGAAAACGUGUCGCUCUUUUCAUUUUCUGUUUAAUUAUUCCGAUUUACUGCUUAUCAUUCUUCAUUUUACUUUAUUAGCUAGUCUUUUUCUUUCUAAUUUCCUCUGUAUGCCAUUAAUCUGCAGAAAGGAGGGCUCUGUGGAGUGAUAAAAGAUGGAAGAAUAUUGUGUUUCUGUAGUUCUUGUCAAGGUUUGAAGGUACGCGAUCAUCUCGUGUUAUUAUUCUUGCUCAUUUCUGUUUUGCUUGGUGAGAAAUUCUAUACUCUUGUUGACCAACUGAGUAAGAACUCAUAUUCUGACAAAGUUUUAUGUACUAUUAUACAUGUUGCAGACUGUUUCUGCUUACCAUUUUGAGCUGCAUGCUGGCAGCACAAAGAAGCACCCAUCUGAAAACAUUUACUUAGAAAAUGGAAGCUCAAUACGUGAUGUCAUACGAGCAUGCAUGCAAGCUCCUCUGGACACGUUGGAGUUGACAAUCCGGAAUGCAAUCAGUUCUGUUGGAGCCAAAUCAUUGAGUUGUGGCAAAUGCAAAGGUGACAAUUAGUUGUUGGUCAUCCUGCUGCUAAUUUAUUGUAGAGAUAUCUGACUUUCAUCUUGAUGCAAAAAAAUUGUAGAACCUUCCGAUAAAUUGCACAAUGGGACAUUGGCAUCAGUAUGUGAGUCAUGUUUACUUUCAAAGUUAUCUCCAAAGGCCACGAAGCCAACUCUGGAGAGCGCUGAUACUUCUAGGUAAAUCUACGGUGACUUCGUUUAUUUUUCUCAAUUUUCUAUCUAACCUCAUACGACCUGUUAAGAGCCGUGUAUUGUGUUUCUCAAGAGACUGAAGUACAAGCUAUAGCCGUCUGUUGACCCUACAGUUUUCUCAGGUUUUUACUAGAGCUUAAAUAGCGCAUGAUCAUGUCGGACAUGCAUGCCAAAUAUUUUGAAAUUGAGUUCAAGCUAUUAGAUUCUGAGCAAUAGCAUGUAUACUUGACUUUACGUGUGUUUUGGUGUUGAAACUUGUGACUCGUGUCUUGUCCCAAGGGUUAUACACUAAUCUUUCCUUACAAGUCUGGUAGAGAUUAAGAGAAUUAUAUCUAUAUUUUCUUAUAUUUUACAUUUUCAUUUAAUUUCCUGGAUGAAAUGGUGCUAAAUGGUAACAUUUUAGUGAAAUACAGUUUAUCCUUGCAUGCCAACCCCCCCUCCCCCCACCCACCCAGUUCUGUCAUUCUUUCCAUUAUUUUCUCUUUCUGCACCACCAUCUUCACCUUCAUCUUUCUGUAAUUCAUCCAUUCCCCUCUGCCACAAGGUCUUCUCCCUUGUACAUCCCAUGCCUCGUUCUCAAAAGCUCAGGCAUCUGGUAGUAACUGAUUUUCUUGACCUUCCUGUAUUACUCUUUCAUGAAACAAAAUGCAUCAUUACGGAAUUUGAAUCUUAUUCUUCACGGAUAUGAGGGAUAAUACAAAAUUAAACACCAGGAAGCUGUUGAAACUGUAUUGGGAAAUUAACUUUAAAGUAUAUAAAUGGGUUUUCUUUCUUUGCUCCUCCUAGUAUUAUCAAAUUUCUAUUCGCUUGUAUUUAUAUUACUUUGUGUCGAUAUAAAUUUAUUGGACUUAUGUAUCAUCUUCUGAGUUCUUAUAUGUGCUUUGGCGGUCUUUGAUGCAUUAUAAAUCACUUAGUGUUGCAGAAAGUUGGCUUUGUUUUGGAAAAAGAUUUACCCUUCUCCUUUCUCCAUAGGCUUUCAAAACCCGUUUUGUCUCCAAAUUCUCCUGAUAGUAACUCAAAGAGUAUAUCGUCACAGAAGAAGAACUGUCGAGGGCGAAUGACUACAAAGUUAGUAUUUGACCAAUUCAAAUAUCAUUUUAUCAUCCCAAUACAUGUUAUUUGUGUAACCAGUGGUUAAUUUUGGUGUUUUGCAUGACCCAUAUUUAAGGGAUGUGCGCCUGCAUAAAUUGGUAUUUAUGGAUGGCAUCUUGCCAGAUGGGACGGAAGUUGCAUACUAUGCUCGUGGGCAGGUUGUUUUCUGAAGAUGAGUGGUUCUCCUGUUAAUUUAUUUUUUUCUAAUUGUAAAAUGUCUUUCCACGUUUUUCUUUUUUUACAGAGGCUGCUCCAGGGUUACAUUAAAGGGAGUGGAAUAUUCUGUCAUUGUUGCAAUGCAGUGGUAAAAUUAUAUUAUUUUGCACUUUUAUGACCUUUUUUAGUAAUGCAUAAUAACUGCCUUUUAAUUUUUGAUAUGCAGGUUAGUCCCUCUCAGUUUGAAGCUCAUGCUGGAUGCCCUUCACGACGCAAACCGUAAGUUCUUGCUCUCGUGUAAUCCAGGAACAUCUGAUUCAUUUUGGGGCGUCUUCUUCUAUUGUUGACACUGCGAUGUCUAAUUGUCAGCUACCUGAACAUUUAUACCUCAAAUGGGGUAUCGCUUCAUGAACUAUCUGUCUCUCUUUCGAAGGACAAAAGGUUUUGUACUGGUGAAAAUGAUGAUCUUUGUAGAAUCUGUGCUGAUGGGGGUGAUCUUUUGCUAUGUGAUCUCUGUCCCAGGGCAUUCCACAAAGGUAGCAUGAUGUGCUGCUUCCUAUCUCCAUUCGAUAUUUUCCUCGUGUUCUAUCUGAUCUAGACAGUCAACUACUUUUAUGACUAUUUAUUGUCUUAUGAAUUCCCCUCUGUUGCAGAGUGUGUUGGGCUGACCAGUGUUCCAAAAGGGGAUUGGUACUGUCCAUAUUGCCAAAAUAUGCAUCAAAAAGAAAAGUUCGGAGAACAUAAUGAAAAUGCUAUUGCCGCUGGAAGGGUUGCAGGAGUUGAUCCUAUUGAAGAGAUAAUCCAGAGAUGCAUUCGUAUUGUGAAGACACCCGAAACUGACAUUGGUGGCUGUGUCUUGUGCAGGUCAGCUCUUCUGCUGCAAUUGGAAAACUCUUUCAAGAAAAUUUACCAGGCUUUGAUCAUUUUCAAUAUAAUUCUAACCUUAGAUAUUUAGUAUUUUCCCCUAAAAAAACUUUUGACCCUUGUGGUCUCGUUCUCGUUCCACCAAAAUUUUCGAGUAUUUGCUUAUGUUUUUUACUUAACGUAACUGCUAGGUGAUUAUUCACUCAAACUCCAAUUUUUUCUUCCAGGGGCCAUGAUUUUAGUAAAAGUGGAUUUGGUCCUCGUACUGUUAUACUAUGCGAUCAAGUAAUGCCUGCUAUUUUAUUUCUCCUAGUCGAGCUCUUUUCAGUCUGUAUCAAUUGUCUAAUUCUACUUGUGCGAUUCUUUCAGUGCGAGAGGGAAUUUCAUGUUGGGUGUUUGAAGGAUCACAGCAUGGGUGACUUAAAGGUGCCCAUCGUUUUGUGGGUUUUUCUGUUGUGACGUUGUAUCAUUUCUCCAGGACAAGAGAUGACCGUACCCUUUAUCUUUCCUCUUUCGACAGGAGUUGCCUGAGGGGAAAUGGUUUUGUUCCCCUGAUUGCAGUAGAAUACAUGCUGCCUUGCAGAGAUUAUUGACGUCUGAACCUGAGCAGUUGCCAAGCCUUCAGUCAGAUGUUAUAAAGAGGAAACUUGAGCAAAAAGGUGCUGGGGAAGUCACUGAUCUCGACAUUAGGUGGAGACUUCUCAGUGGCAAAGCUGCUUCUCCAGACAGCAGGCUGCUGCUAGCCAAGGCACUAUCUAUGUUCCAUGUAAGUUGUUCAAGCGCAUCAAAGAUAAAUUCACGCUCCCCUCUUCCUCAAAUGCUAUCGAUAUUCAUCACUUGCUGGUGGGUUGGCCUCCUCAUCUUUCCCUCUUUGUUGGUACUAUCACAGAGUCCAAGAGAGAUACCAUUUUGCAUUGGGUUAUCCAUAAACUACAUCUCGUUGACUCACACUAAUCGUCCAUCCGAGCUUACAUCUGCUCAGAAAGUCUGGAAUAAUUUUGUUUGUUGACAAACCAAGUGCAUUUUUGUCCAUUUUUUGUUAAUUUCUGUAAUAGCAAAAAAAAAAAAAAAACUGUGUAAGAGGUUUUCAUUCAAGAUUGCAAGACUCAAGAUAAAUGCAGGAUGGUUUGGUGUUUCCUAAACUGGAAAAUUGAUUUCCUUUCUCAUCCCGCGGGUGAUGGAACUGAUUCUUCCUUCGUAUGUCUUUUAGUUUCAAUGCAGCUACUCUUGCUUGACUUUAUGGUGUACAUAUUUGCUCCAUAUAUUUUUUUUUUUCCGUGGUGACAAAGAUUGGAUGCCUUGAUGUCUCUCAUUUCAUGCAGGAAUCCUUUGACCCCAUAAUAGACUUAGCCACGGGGAAGGAUCUCAUCCCUGCAAUGGUUUAUGGGUGAGAAAAACUAUCCAUCUUUCCUGAGUUUCUUGCUUCGUGGUCUUGAUUAUCUUGUUUCUUUCUGUUUGAAAAUGCUGCCCAUUUUCUUCAUAUUUCUUUCGCCCUCAAGUUUUCUGACCAAUUAUCGGCAGAAGGGACAUGAGAGACCAGGAGUUCGGAGGGAUGUACUGCUCGGCGUUGACUGUGAAGUAUGAACAUAAACUGAAGGCAGAGUCACGGCCUCACUUCCUCACGCUGCUCGCCUGAUGCUUUGCUGCGUUUUGCAGCUCAUCCGUGGUUUCUGCUGGAAUCCUCAGAGUCUUGGGAUGUGAAGUUGCAGAGCUUCCACUUGUGGCGACGAGCAGAGAAAGCCAGGGACAGGUGACUCCAUGUUUUCUAUAUAAGUAGACAGAUAUAGCUCAUCCCUUCUCUCACCUGUCUCUUUCAUUCCGACAUAUAUACAUAUAUAUAUGUAUAUUAUGUACAGGUAUAUUUCUUGGAAACUAUAUGAUACUACGAAUCAUUGAGAGAUAAUGUGCUGAGGCCAUUGUUUCAAUCUCACGCCCUUUAUCUCUAGAGCAGAUUCAGCCAUAAACUUGCUCUCUCUCUCUCUCUCUCUCUCUCUCUCUCUCUCUUCUAAAUUUCAGAUGCUUGUCUAUAUGCAGGGUUACUUCCAGUCGUUGUUUUCAUGCAUAGAGAGAAUGCUGAACUCUCUGGAAGUCAAACAUCUCGUCCUCCCGGCUGCAGACGAAGCUGAAUCCAUCUGGACGAAGAAGUUUGGUUUCAGUAAGAUCACCAUCGACGAGGUCAAACCCCGCUGACCCUGUGAGUUGCCUCCCCGUCGAUCUUUCCCCCGCUGACUCGCAUCUCCCACGCAGCUGAAUGAGCUCGCCAAGGGCUGCCGCCCGACUGUCUUCCACGGGACCUCGAUGCUCCACAAACUGGUCGCCAAACCUCCGGCAGAUGGCUUCCAGGAAGAAGGAAAAGAAGGAACCGGGUCAACGGCGUCUCUCUCUCCCCUCCCGCUUGGUGGGCGCAUCUGA